AUGUAUUUUGCUUCCUUGCUACUUGCGCCGGUUUUGGCCGCUGCAUCAUCCAAUAUCCCAUAUGAGCAAUACAUUUUGGCUCCCAAGUCGCGCGACUUGAUGCCGGCCUCCGUUUAUAGCGUCAAUGGCUCAGUUACAGGUGCUAGGACCCUCACACAAUCAUCCGGCAGUGGGGCCACAUUCCAUGGCGUCUCAUCAGUGACCUACGACUUCGGCAAGAAUGUAGCAGGCCUCGUCUCCCUGGAUGUUGGGUCUUCUUCAUCCUCUUCUGCUUUUUUGGGUAUCACAUUCUCCGAAUCAAACCUCUACAUUAGCGAUGAAGCAAGUGAUGCUACCGCCGAUGCUGGUUUGGAUACCCCUCUAUGGUUCAACGUUGGCAAAGGUGCCGGGAAGUAUACACCCGACGAAAAGUAUCUCCGGGGUGGGUUCCGCUACUUGACAAUCGUCAGCAACACAACAGCAACUGUACCGGUCAAAAGCCUUCGAGUGAACUUCCUCGCAGCUCCGGAACAGGAUCUGCGUGCCUACACUGGCUACUUCCACUCGGAUGACGAGCUCGUCAACAAGAUCUGGUAUGCCGGUGCAUACACCAAUCAGCUGUGCACGAUCAACCCCAAGCAUGGAAACUCCCUGGUGCACCUUGGUAGCAUUUCCUCCGGUGAUGAUAUCCAGCUGCCGGAGACUAAUACCUGGUGGAGCAACUAUACCAUCACCAACGGGACUAGCACGAUCACCGACGGUGCCAAGCGUGAUCGUCUUGUUUGGCCUGGCGAUAUGUCCAUUGCUCUUGAGAGUAUUGCAGUCAGCACUGGUGAUUUGUACAGUGUUCGUACGGCUUUGGAAGCUCUGUUCGUUUUGCAAAAGGCGAAUGGACAAUUGCCCUAUGCUGGAAAGCCGUUCUUUGAUUCCGUGAGCUACACUUAUCACUUGCACAGUCUCAUUGGUGCCACUUACCUGUACCGCUUCUCGGGUGACAAGGACUGGCUAUCCAGCUACUGGUCGCAGUACAAGCGCGGUCUCGAAUGGGCGCUCAGCAGUGUUGAUGACACCGGCUUGGCCAACGUCACCUCCUCAUCCGACUGGUUGCGCUUUGGAAUGGGAGGUCAUAACAUCGAAGCAAACGCAAUCCUAUACUUUGUUCUCCAAGACGCUCAAACCCUAGCAGCAGAAUUAAACGACAAAACCGCACUCACAAACUGGAGCACAACCGCCACAAAACUAAAGCUAGUCGCAAACAAAAAGCUCUGGGAUUCGUCCAGCGGCCUAUACUUCGACAAUGAAACAACAACAAUGCAUCCACAAGACGGCAACGCCUGGGCAAUAAAAGCAAACCUAACCCAAUCAACCGCACAAGCCACCCAAGUAUCCAACGCCCUCAAAGCCCGCUGGGGCAAAUACGGUGCACCAGCACCCGAAGCCGGCAAAACCGUGUCCCCUUUCAUCGGCGGCUUCGAACUGCAAGCCCACUACCUAGCCAACAAACCGGACUCGGCACUCGAUCUGAUUCGCCUUCAGUGGGGAUUCAUGCUUAAUGAUCCGCGCAUGACACAGUCAACUUUCAUUGAAGGUUAUUCUACUGAUGGAUCGUUACAUUACGCUCCAUAUACCAAUGAUCCACGUGUUUCGCAUGCGCAUGGUUGGUCAACUGGCCCGACAUACGCGCUUACAGCUUAUACGGCUGGUAUCCAGCUUACCGGGGCUGGGGGUUCUUCUUGGAUGAUUGCGCCCCAGGCUGGGAAUUUGACUUUUGUUGAUGCUGGUUUUGAGACUGCUAAAGGGAAGUUCUCGACAUCUUAUCGUGGUAGUGGGAAGGGUGUUACGAAGUUUGCUUUUGUUACCCCUGCUAAUACCACUGGUGACUUUGUGUUGGCUGGAGCUAAGGGAAGUCUUGUUUCUGAGAGUGGGGAGCGGGUUAAGCUCGUUAAUGGCAAAGCUAGCGGAUUGAAGGGUGGUAGUUGGAAGUUCCGGAGUGAAUAG